AUUUUCUCUGUUAUGCGACCCGAGUAUACGGUCAAGAUUCUACAGCAGCAGAAGAUCAGCUGCUGAGCCGAUGGAGAAAUAGUCAAUGUUUCGUCAUAUUAUUUUUAUUGGCUAAAUAACUAUGCAAAAACUUGUGAAGGGAAGAUUCGGUUACAUUAUAAGAGUUGUUGGAGUUAGCCAGUCAAGAUGGGCUCGGCAAAUGCUUACAUCACGUCAAGAUCACGAAAAGGUCAGAACAGUGGUUGUUCCAGUUGUACGUCACUACUCCUCCCUGCGACCUCUGAGAGGAGAUCUACUGAAAUUCCCUGGACCUAAUUAUGGCAUUCCUUCUCGAGGGAUUGGCAUGAUUGUAGCUAGGGUGCUUCGUGGGGCUCUCAAGAUACGUUACCUUCUGCUGGGUGGCACCAUUGCAGGUGGCAGUGCUUUGGCCAAGACUUAUGAGCAGUGGAAGGAGGCUCUGCCAGACACAAAGUUCCUGGAGGAACUAAUGCCAUCUCAGGAGGAGCUGGAUGCCAUCAGGACAGCUCUCAUUUCAUACAGGGACAAGAUCAAGGAUUCAGUCCCAGAUUUUACUCUUGAUCCAAAGCUCAAGGAGCUCGGGGAGUCGAAAUAUGAUCAGCUGGUGCUCUGGUUCAAGGAGCGGCUCGAUGAUGCAAUCAAGGCAGCGGAAGAGGAAAAAACUGAAGGUUCAGGAUUCUUCACGGAUGGUAAGGAAGAGGAUGGCGAGUUCCUUACCUUGUCCGGGAUGGCUAAUUCCCUCACGCCAAUGUUGAAAGAUUUCUCCUCAGAUCUUAAACAGCAUGCAAUUUCCUUCUCUGCAAUGGGGUCUGCAGCAGAGAAAGAGCGAGAGAAAGCAGUGGUUCUUGACCUUUUCACUACCACACCUCUAGGAAUUUGCUCUUCCUUCCACACACCUCUUGCAUCUAUGAAUAAAAUUUUCUCCCAGAUUUAAAAGAAGGAAAUAAAAGAUAAAUGAAUA